AUGGAGUCUUUGGAUAUUUCUCAUUUAGCAGAUGCCUUACGCCCAGUAUCAAGGGAUAUUUGUAGUGGUAAAGGCAAAUUAUGCUUAUCUGCAAACUAUCUUGGCAAAUUGUGGAGUAUAAUGGAAACCUUCACAUCUCCAGAUGUGAAAUCUUUUCACAUUGUACAAGGGGAUCAAACAAGAAAUAAUAUCAUCAGAGAUAUGCAGUUCCUUGUAGAACUUGUUGAAAAUACUGUCAACCUAAGAAUAAUACCAGAUUUGGAAGAUAAUUACAAUGAUUGUCUCAAUAUUGGGCGAUUCCACAAUAUCAAAGUUUUAGAAAUUUACAAACUGAACAUCAACAUUGUUUUGGGCAUACAGAAACUCAGAUCACAAGUCCAGGAGCUGUCAUGUUGCAAAAGUAUCCAAUCUAUCAGUGAUAUAAUCAAGAAAUGUGGAGCUGACAAUAGUGAGGCAUAUAAUUGGAAUGAAUUACGCAUAGCAAACUUUGCCCAGAAUAGCCUUGUUGAACUAGAUAAUAGUUUUGAAUAUACUUUAUCUUUGAAUACUUUGAACCUGAGUCAUAACAACCUCACCAAAUUGAGCUUCUUGAACCAGCUUCCAAAUUUGAAACAAUUGAAUCUAGCUUACAAUAAACUAGAAGCCCUGCCCAAUUUCAAAGGGCCAAUAACCAGUAGACUGCAAGUCCUAAUCCUCAAUAAUAACUUUAUUGAAGAUCUUGCAGGUCUUUGCACCCUUUCAAAUAUUUCACAACUGGACAUUGGUCAUAACUGUUUAUUGGAACAUGGUUCCUUAUUUUCACUUUCUCAUCUUGUUUCUCUCCAGUGGCUCAACUUACAGGGUAAUCCUAUAAGUUUUCAUCCUCAACAUCGAAAUCUCACUAGUAGUUAUUUAAAUAAGAACACUUCAACAGUAAAAUUCUCUUUGAAUGGAUUGGCCCUUAAUAAAGGAGAAAAGAACCUCACAGGGUCUUUCCAUCCUAUGACCCAAAAAAUGCAUAUAUUAUCUACAUCCAAUACUUCUUUAGACUCUUCUUCAGAAUCCUUUCAAGAAAAGCCACGCCGAAUCAGGAAUGUGAUAAUUGAGGAUGAGAAUGUCAUUAAACAACUGGAACCUGUUCAUAUACAUUCCAUAUCAACUCAACACUUAGAGAUAAAGAAACAAUUAGAGCAACUGAGAAGAGAACAUGGGGAAUCUUGGUUGUACAAGCACUCUGGGUUAAUUGUACAAGAUGUACUAGGCUUUGAAAGUACAGCUAUACAAUCAUCAACACCUUAUGAGACAGCCAUUAAUACUUUGUAUUCACCAAAUCUUGAUGACUUGAACACAACAGAGUUGAAUCAUUCAGAACAGUCCAAUGCAGAAGUCUUUAUGACUGCCCAAGAUAUCAUACUGGACAACUCUUCACCUGAUAAAGAUGUUUCAGACACAUCUGAUAGUGAAGAUGUUUUCUUAGGUGGUGAGGAAAGUUUGUUUUUGGCAGUAAACAAAUCAGACAAUACUGAGGUGUUUGUGGUAGUGACAGACUCAUACAUUUCAGAACGAGAUUGCACCACUAGCAGAGAAAAAUCCAGGUGGCAUAUAAAUACCAUAAUAUCUUGUAAAAAAGAUGAAAGCAAUAAUGUACAGCUGGAUUUUGAUACUUUGAGAAGAGAUAGAAAACAGAGAGUGUAUGGACUAGAAGCAACUGAAAUUGAUGGAUUUUUCAACAUACUCAAAGACAAAAUGAAUACAUAUCAAAGUAAUGAAGAUGAGAAGGUAUCUUAUCAGUGCAUGAAGUGCUUUCAAGAUUUCCAAAUGGAAAAAAGCCAACUUCUGAAGAUAAACUUGACAUGUCCUAAAUGUGACAGUAAUUUGAUAGUAGAAAACAUGUAG